UAUUUCUAAACAAAAUCAACUCUCAAAACAUUUUAUAUUUCUCCAACAUUUUCCCGAUUUCACAAACAUUUUCCCGAUUUUUUGCUAUUUAAAAUGCAGAACAUUCCUUAAGCGUUCGCUUUCCUUUUUUCACAUAAAAUCAAAACGAGAGAUAAGCAAUUUUGUCGACUCAUAUUUAUUCAAUAUAAACACAAAUUUAAAAAAAUUUAUUUAUUCACAUUUUAUUAUCAAUAAAAUAAUUUAUUUCAUUUUUUAAAAAUAAAAUUAAAGAAAAAAUGAGUAGCAAUGAUGAAAUUAAAGAAGAUAAAUAUUUAAAUAAACAACAAAAUUUAGCUGAUUAUAAUUCCUCUUCAUUUUCCUUUGACGACGAAGAGGAGGAGAAAUGUGCUAAUUAUGGUAAGAGCCACAAUUUUGUUUCUGACGAUGUUGUUCAAGAGGAUGACUUGCCGGGGGAUGUGAAUGUUUCAGUAACUCCAUAUAGCCAACAAGAAUUGCCUUAUACUAAUCAAGAAAAUAACGUUUAUGCCUCAAAGCGUUUGUCGAGUGAAUUUGACCAAGAGCUUGAACUCCUUGAAAAUGAGGUUGAAAAUGAAGCAAAGAGUUAUGUUGAAAAGAUGGAAAAUGAGGAGAAGAAUUAUGCCACUGUUGAAAAGGCAGAAAACGAGGAAAUUGAAAAGUAUGAAGCAGAGAAGAAAAUUGAAGAGGAUCAAAAACAUUCACCGCUACCACCUCAAACGCCCCCACCCGUUAUCUCAACGCCAAAAGAAAACCAACAAAAAGUUUCUGAAACACCAACAUUAAAUAAUUUGAAAAUUGAGGAUAGCCAAACAACAAAAACACCACAAUUACAAACACAACAAUCGACAGACGCGUGCGAACAAAAAUUGUUUGAACAAAUCAAAUCGAAAAAGACUGUAGCCAAUCUUGUCGCAAAGUUUAAUGCAGUUGCCACGGCUUCUGAUGAGAAAAGUGGAGGGCAAAAUGGGGUUAAUGCUAAACUUAAACAAGAUAUCUCUGGAGCUUCGAUCAAAAUUAAUGAGCUUCGUCAACGUUUCAACGAUGAUAAAUGA